GAGAGGAAGAAGGGAAGGAGGAGGAGGAGAACAGCAGUCAGCAGGGCUGAGGAGGCAGGACUUCCUGGUGUGGGGGUUGUCAACAGCUCUGAAAGAGAGAGAGAGAGAGAGGCAGACAGACAGAGACCUAGAGGAGCUGGGGAAAUUGAGAGAAAGAGACGAGAGCGGACGAGAGAAGAGCUGGGGACGGAGAGACACAUGCUGGCAGAGAUCGAGACAGAGAGAGAGAGAGAGCGCCAGCGCUCCGCUGUCAGAAGGGAAAGGAUUCCAGAGAGGGUAGCCCUCGGCUUCUCUCCGACUCGCUGUGCUUUCAGACCUAGAGGCCCUUCACCACCAUAAACGCCGUACUCCUCUGGGACAGAGAGCGGUGUUUAUUAUUUUUUGGGAAACAAAGUUGCUGUGGAGAUGACUUGUGGGUCGAGGAGAGGCCUCUACGGACUCUGCUGCCUCUGACCACCACCCACCUCCUCCCUUUUCUUCCAGCUUAGGCUGGGAGGCCCCACUCUCCUGCUCUCCCGUGGACAGUCUGUUGGGGCAUCUUAUGCUGCCAGGAUCCCCAGUUUGCAAAUUCAGCUCUGGAGUCUGGCAGCGGCAGCGGCGGCAGCAGCAGCAGCACUGGCAGCGGCAGGAGAAGAAAAGCCUGUCCAUACUCCCACUCCCACAACUUCUCUCCCUGUCAGUCCUCAAUUUCAGAGGCGGCCCCGGUUCCUUGAACUCUCCCAGCUAUGUUGGACCCUGAUGUUCCCAGGGGCCCUGAUCCCACCGCUAUAUGGCCCCCUAGUGCCAGGGGAGCCUGAGCGCUGCCCGGAGAGAGGCCUCUCCUCUUGGUGCAGCCCCUAUCCCACUUCCGAGGGACCAUGAGUGGGGGUAAGAAGAAAAGCAGCUUCCAGAUCACCAGUGUCACCACAGACUAUGAAGGUCCUGGGGGAUCUGGGGAAGGUGACUCCCCUACAGCUAUGGUUUCCACCUUACCCACACCUCGUCUUCCCAAUGGCGAGCCUAGCUCAGAGCUGGGAGGCAAAGGGACCCCUCGAAAUGGCUCUCCACCCCCUGGGGCCCCAGCGUCACGUUUCCGGGUAGUGAAGCUUCCCCAGGGACUAGGGGAACCGUAUCGUCGAGGGCGCUGGACAUGUGUGGACAUUUAUGAGAGGGACCUGGAAGCCCCAGGACUCAGCCGACUCCUGGAGGGAGUUCGGGGAGCCACUGGAGGGACUGGUGGUCGCUCUUUGGACUCGAGGCUAGAGUUGUCCAGUUUGGGCCUGGCUCCCCCAAACCCUCAGCCUCAGGGCCCAACCAACUGGCUUCGCCCACCCCCAACUUCCCCUGGCCUUCAGGCCCGAUCUUUCACUGGGGGGCUAGCUCAGCUGGCAGCGGGCAAGGGCAGGGCUGAAACUCCACCUCUUCCAGCUUCCCCACCCCAGCAGCACCCCCCGGAGCCCAGCGAUGGGGACAGUACAGGAGUACUGGUACCGCAUGCCUCAACCCAGCUGCCCACCCUUCGGGUAGAGACAGAGGUGGGGGCCCCAGCAAUGACUCCUCCAAUCACCCGAAAGAAGGAUGGAGCCCCUUGGCUGAGGAAAGAGGGGGAGGAAAGAGGCCAGCUCCCUCUCCGAGGCUCCCGCCCGGGCUCUCCGGCCCUCUCCCUCCUUCAGGAUGCCAGUCCCAACCGGAAAUCCUCAGACCCCUUUGGAGUCUCUGCUCAACGCCUGAAUCUGGCUCGAUCUAUGCUUGCCAUCAGUAGCCCCCUUGACGGUGAUGAUGACAGUGGCUCUGGAAGCAUGGUUGCCAUUGACAACAAGAUUGAACAAGCCAUGGACUUGGUGAAGUCUCACCUCAUGUUUGCAGUUCGGGAGGAGGUGGAGGUCCUGAAGGAGCAGAUUCGAGAACUAGCUGAACGAAAUGCAGCCCUGGAGCAAGAGAAUGGAUUGCUCCGGGCUCUGGCCAGCCCUGAACAGCUGGCCCAACUUCCGGUCUCUGGAACCCCUCACCCUGGACCCCUUGCCCCAAAUGGGCCCUCCUCAUGAGCCUCCUUUCCCUCACAAUGUGCCUUUAAGGGCUGUCACUGGGAUGGAGACCUCAGUGUCCUAAAUUCCCAGGCCUUUUUUGCCUUCUCUUCCUAUGCAGCUUUAAUAUCAUGAGAAGUGGUGAUAGAGGGUUCAAGGUUGAGUCCAGAUUUGUCUUCCCCCUCCCCAUCUUCUACCAGACCCAAGGGGCUGGGCCAAUCUUCUCCAAAGAUGAGGGACUGGGCCAGAAUAUACCUAGGCCUGGAUGGGGUAGGAUUUCAGGGUUGAGGUGCAAGAUGGAGCUCACCUCUGAGAGUGGGCUCCCAGCCAACCUUUCUCUUGCCAUUCCUCUGGGUGGUAAGUGGCCCCCUCCCUCCCCAGUUCUCUAAGUAUCUGGGAGCCCCCCUGAUUAGGAGGACCCAGAGGGAGCUGGGUACUUCUAGGCAGAGACCACUUCCCUAUCUCCCAAAGUCCCUCCAUUGGGUUCAGCCAAGAGAGGGGAUAUAGGCAAUGUCCCAAGGUUUCUGGGAUUCAGGUUGUUAUUAAAAUAUUAUAAUAAAAAAUGAGGAGAAACUUG